AUGGCACAAGGCCUCCUCAAGAACAAAAAGGCCAGCGCGAGCACGACCUCCGCAGGCGGCGGCGGCGGCGGCAAACACACGACGAACCACAAAAACGCCUCGUCCACCUCCGGCGUCACCAAGAAAGGGUCGCGGGCCGUGACGCCGCGCAAGGCCAAACUGCUCAAGCAGGCCAAGAUCAACAAGAAGUACACGGGCGGCUUGACGGCCAGGACCGAGGCCAUGUUGGGCCAGCGCGCGGGACAUCUCGAAUUGCUGGGCCAGGGCAGGAAGAAGACUUCGGGUGCCGCGGGUGGUGCGGCCGCGGCGGAUAAGGCGAAGGGUGCGAAGAAGGGCAUCAAGAAGUCCUGA